GCCGAAGAAGAAAAAGAAAACACUGAAGGCCAAAAUGACGGACUCGUCGGUGGAGAUCGUGGAGGGCUGCCGUCUUCCUGUGCUCCGGAAAAAUCAGGAGAAUGAAGACGAGUGGCCAUUGGCAGAAAUUCUCAGCGUCAAAGAUACUCUUGGGAGAAAGCUGUACUAUGUUCACUAUGUUGACUUUAACAAGCGUCUGGAUGAAUGGGUCACUCCAGACCGGCUGGACAUAAAAAAGCUCCAGUUCCCAAAGAAGGAGGCAAAGACACCCACAAAGAACGGCCUGCCUGGGUCUCGGCCCAGCUCACCAGACAGAGAUGUGAGGAAGAGUCUAGAUCUCAACGUUCAGUCUGCUUCAGCUCCUUCCAGAGGCAAAACCCUUCCCACUCCGAAGAGAAAAGCAGAGUCUGUCUCACUGGCAUCUCAAGUUUCUGCUGUGACAUCAGUGCCUUCACUCCCCAGCUCUACAGAGGUCUCGCAGGCGUCCGUGUACCCAGCAGUCCGAGAAGCUUUCAGCACCAAAUCCAGAGAGGAUGAACAGCUCACUUCCAUCACCACGAACGGCACAACAAGGCGUAUUCUCCCAUCUCAGCCUGGCAGAAAGAGGAAGAAUUGCGGUACAGAUGAGAUGAUAAAGGUAUUCCAGUAUAACAGCCCUCGCAACGCCAGUGGCUGUCUGCCGCCAGGAGAGGACUCUCAGGACAGCUCAGAUGGAAUUCCAUCUGCGCCCCGUAUGACUGGCAGUUUGGUGUCGGACCGCAGCCAUGAUGACAUUGUCACACGCAUGAAGAACAUUGAUUGCAUCGAGCUGGGUCGUCAUCGGCUCAAGCCCUGGUACUUCUCACCGUACCCACAGGAGCUGACUUCUCUGCCCGUCCUCUACCUCUGCGAGUUCUGCCUCAAGUACCUCAAGAGCCUCAAGUGUCUGCAGAGGCACCUGACAAAGUGUAACCUCCGGCAUCCUCCAGGAAAUGAGAUCUACCGCAAAGGGACCAUCUCCUUCUUUGAGAUUGAUGGCAGGAAAAACAAGACAUACUCCCAGAAUUUGUGUUUACUGGCAAAAUGCUUCCUUGACCACAAGACCCUGUACUAUGACACAGACCCCUUCCUCUUUUACGUUAUGACAGAGUAUGACUCCAAGGGCUUCCACAUUGUCGGCUACUUCUCUAAGGAAAAAGAGUCAACAGAAGAUUAUAAUGUGGCCUGUAUUCUGACAUUGCCACCAUAUCAGAGGAGAGGCUACGGCAAACUGCUGAUUGAGUUCAGUUAUGAGCUGUCUAAGGUUGAAGGGAAGACGGGUACACCAGAGAAGCCUCUGUCUGAUCUGGGUCUGCUGUCUUACCGCUCCUACUGGUCUCAGACUAUUCUGGAAAUACUCAUGGAGCUCAAAUCAGACAACGGCGAACGACCGCAAAUCACCAUAAAUGAAAUUAGCGAGAUAACCAGUGUAAAGAAAGAGGAUGUAAUAUCAACUCUACAGUACCUCAACCUUAUCAAUUACUACAAGUCUCCUCUGUUCUCAUUCUCAGGGUCAAUAUAUUCUCACUCUCUCAGAGGACAUUGUAGAGGGUCAUGAACGUGCCAUGCAGAAGCGCCACCUACGGAUUGACCCCAAAUGUCUGCAUUUCACCCCAAAAGACUGGAGCAAAAGGGGCAAGUGGUAGAGACAUGUUUCACUGUGGGGCCCAUAGCACACAAGCUCAGAGACCUCCUAAAAACCUGGAUGACCAAGUGGGCCUCAGAACUUGCAGACCUUAAGUAACAAAUUUGUCACGAUCAGACUUUUAAAGACUUGAAAAUGAAAAAAGUUUAUUAUUGCUUGUUGUUCUCCUGCUUAAGUGACCAGCAGCUAUAAACAGAUGUUUGCUUUUUCCUGAAAUCAGCAAUUUGGUCUUCAUCUAAACAUUGGACAUUGGUGGACUUCUGAGGCGCUUCACUGUUGUUCAUAUUUUCCUUUUUUGUGAGAUUUUUCAUGUCUCUAAACAAAUUGCUUAAUUAAUAGGUUUCAUAAGAAAUCACAACAGCUUCUUUUUUUUUCUUUCACAAUGUGGAAGUGUCAAAUGAGAUGACUUUAAGGAGCAAUGUUUGGUCAUUUAAGGUAUUUUCUAUCAGAACAGAGACUUGUGGAUUCUGCAUAACCACCAUCACAUAUUCACCCCCUCAGGCUAAAGCUGAGUACUGAUCAUUACAGACUGUAUAUAAUGUACAUUAUUUUCUCUCACUCUCUCUCUUUUUGUAAAGGAAGUUUAAAUGUAUUACUGCAUGUCUGUGUGCCAUGUUGAACUGUUACAUGAAUGUAAAUUGGAAUACCUGUACAGCUGUCAGUCUUAAAAAAGAAAGAAAAUAAAUGACUACUUAUAGCUAAAAGGG